CAGGACCCUACAUUCACUAUCUGGUCUCCCACAGCGCACACUACAUGGAAAUGCAAUUAUUUUAGUAAAUAUAAACUGCUAACUACCUUUUCUCAUCAGCAGUUAGAGCAGUCUUGUGACUUCUCUCAGUAUUCAGCAGAGCACUGGUUAAAGCUUGUAGGAGGAGUUCUCUUUCUGCUCUAGGAGGAUGAAAAACCCCUGAUCUCUGUCUGGACAGUGCUGAUUGGCCCUGUGCCGAUCACAUGCAUUCUCCCAAGAAAAAAAAAGAAACCUUUCUAGUUAUACACACUAAACUGAGCAU